CUCAGAUUGAGACGUGGCCAAAAAACCCAAAUCGUACCCUCAAAAUGGCUUCGCUAUGCAAGUGCGUCUGUGCAUUUGUGUCCCUCUGCUGCCUACUGGCGACAAGUGUAAUUUUGCUCAAAUUUGACGAGUGGGACUUGGCAUACACAUUUAUAAGAACGAAAGCUCUAUCCUUACGCAGUCUUGUGAACAACAAGAACAACCUGACUGUCAAGGAUGCCUUCAGGAAAAUGACCAUGCAACAUUUCGACACAUCGACAAAUUUCGUCUAUAUCUCGGACAUGUCAAGAUGUAAAGGAAUAAGAAAGUGCGUCACGAGAACACCGGUGCUUCACUACCGCACAUGCGCAAUCGUCGGCAAUGGCGGGAUUCUCCUCAACAGCAGCUGUGGGAACGAGAUCGACAGUCAUGAUUACGUCAUCAGAAUCAACAUGGCGCCCGUCAAGAACUAUGAGAAGGACGUGGGAACAAGGACAAACAUGACUUCCGUCAAUUGGACCCUCGCCAAAGACCUCUCGAAGAAACUUUCAAACACCACCACACGGGAAGAAGUUAUGGAAAGUUUAUCGACUGUAAAUCAUGGAGUCAUCAGCUACUUUAAAGGAUUGACAGAUGAAGUCAAGGAGGGUCUUCGAGCUCUGGACAACAGUCUGGCACAGAGCGGCAUGAACGUCUCAGUAACGUACUCUUUAGACAGUGUGCAAGCAAAAAUAUCUCGCAUGCUACGCACAACGCUGUCUCCAACAUCCGGGCUCAUCGCCUACAUCCUGGGAACGACGUUCUGUGACGUCAUCACCCUGUACGGCUUCUACCCGUUCGCCACGGACAUGCGCAACAGGACGCUGUUUUAUCAUUACUAUGAUCAUAUUCCCGUUAAUCACGGAAGUACGCACGAUUUCAAUAUUGAAUAUAACUUUCUUACAGAGCUUCACAACAACGGGGCCGUUCGGUUAGUUUCUGACAAAUGUGAAUGAUUCUAUUCCCUAAAAUGGGUAGAAAUCAACAGCUGAAAUCAUACGUACAUAAUGUAAUGGUUCUUUGGGAGCUUACCAAAGUCGUUAGUCUAUCACAGCAAACAAAUGUC